CGCAUGUGGACACCAAGAAAAGGAAGACGCGUGAGUGGCGGACAACCGAGAUGGCUGGAGAUGGCUAUGGCUACAAGGGCUUCGAACCAAGGGGAAAAUAGACCCUCUGCUGCUACAAGGGCUUUUCUUUCAUAGCUUACUGCUGGGACAGGCUGGUGAAGGUUGGCAGAGUGCGUUCAACAGUGGUGACUAGUCUUUUUAAAAAGUACAGUCAGUGCUUUUACCGUACCGGUAGCAAAGCACCUCUGCUGCAGCCAGCGCCUCAGGCAUCCAGCAUGUGGAGGCCCUCGGAGCGAUCGGUCAAAGAGGUGCGCACGUAGCUACUUUACGGUACCUGGUAGCUAUCUACUAGGCAACCGCUACCGGUUGUACUGCCUAGUACCCAGUACUACACUACAGUACUUGCCGACGGAUCCAAUCCUUACCUGGGCUGAACCUGCUGUAUGCCAUUUGCUUCUACAUCUUCAGCAAGAGAGAGAAUGGUCGUGGAGAAACUUCUGCAGCAAUCUAAGCCGCUCCUGGAUGCCUUGCAGCACGCAAGAAGCCCCUAUUUGACUGAUUGGCAUCCAAUCAGGUAUGCUAUUAGCUAGCUCUUCUUCUUGCUUCCGUGGGUGUAGCUGCCCCUAUCGUACAUCAAUUUCAUCUCAUCUCGGAGAAAGAUGGUGGAUGACGUGAUGGCUCAGCAAUGCCUGUGAAGGGACAUGAUGACUUCUGGUGUUGCCCCCGCAGAACAGCCCAAUCAACAGCUAGCUAGCUUGCGGUAGCCAACAGCGAGGCAGAUGUAUCCGUUCAGCAACGGUGAGUGGCCAAAAAGUGAGCUGGAGUUCAACUUUGGAUCAUGGAUGACUUUUACAAGAUCCUUGUGACUUUCAGAACACUUCAUUCUUGCAAAAUAUGACUGCUUCUUAAAUCACUUGUAAGCGUACUGUUUCAGCAAAGAUGACUUGAUGCCUUCGGAAGCACGCCGAUCGAAAGCCACACACAAGGAAAAUUCUCAAGAUCUUGGAGGCUGUUGGAUACUACAUGUAGUACAGAAGAGAGAGGAAGCGAAAAAGAAGCAAGAGGUUGAUGGGAUGGAUGCCUCCCUGCAACUUGGAGGAAUAGAAGAACAGAUUUUCUCACAAUUUUUUGCUGCGCUCCAAGUUUGCUUGAACCAAGCAGCAGUGGUCAAAAAGUAGUUUUCUCCAUCUCUUGCCGAAAACGGAACUACCGUAGCAAUGAUGAAACGCUUCAAUUUUCUGCUUGCCAUCUUGGCUGUCACGUUGAUGGGUGGUACCGUCUCCCCCGUGGCAGCUCGAACCAGAAGAGGAGGAUUGAAGGGUCAAGACUUUGAUUACUAUCAUCACAGGUCGACAGCAACAACGACGACAAGGACCAUGGUUCAUCACCACCAAAGCAAGGACAGCUGGAGCAGUCUAUCUUCGAGAUCCCACCGAAAACUCAAGAGCAGCAUGAUGAGCAAAUCCAUGAUGUCAAUGUCAGGGUCCAUGAUGUCAAUGUCCAUGUCCAUGAUGUCAGGCUCCAUGAUGAGAAUGAGGAUGCGAAUGCGCAUGAGAAUGAGGAUGAGGAUGCGCAUGAUGAUGAUGGGAAAUAGUACCAUUGUCCCUGGAGCCCCUACUGUAACACCUGGUAGCCCCACUGUGACUCCAGGGAAUCCAACCACAUCACCCGUAACGACAAGCCCCACAGUUCCUGGAGCUACACCUGCUCCAACUACUCCUGCCCCGACAACCCCAGGAACGACUCCUGCCCCGACAACUCCAGGAACCACACCAGCCCCUAGCAUUGCCGUUGGCACCCCUGGUCCUACAUCGGCAGGAGCUCUAGCAGCAACCGAAGCCACAACAUUGCCCACAACAUCCGCCGCUGCUGGACGAUCGUUCAAUCCCGAGGACCUUCUUCCGGAAACGGUCAAAUUGAAUGACUAUGAUGCAUCCAAUACGGAAACAGCAGCAGCAGAAAUUGAUGAUCCAUAUACUCGCACAAUACCAGUGGCCAGUCAGUUGUCCUUUGAAUUUGCUCCCAACACGGGACGAGCACCCACCACCAAGGAAAUUAGUGCCGUGGCACAAGAAUCCGUGGCCUUUUUCACCAACGAAUUUCAAACCAAUCCCACAUUUUCAUCUUCCUUUCAAGAGUUCCAGUUGAAAACACCAACUCCCAAGUACUAUCCUGCCGAAGAUCCAGACUAUUUUACAUUGGAAUUCAUGGCACUGAUCAAGGUCAAUGCACAAAAUUCCCAGAAUUUGUCCGGUGCGGCAGCAUCCAAUGCCAUGAGCAAUUCCGACUAUGAAUCCUUCAUUGGGGAUUAUAUCAAAGAAGACCUAGGAUGGAGUGAAUUCUAUCAAACACAUGCCGUGGACUUUAUUGGCGUCAGUCAUGCUGGAUAAUUGAAUUCAUUCGAUGGAUUGAUUGAUUGAUUGGUAGUUACGCUUGAAGCUGACUACCGUAUCAUAUCAUCUCGAAAGUAGUACCGUCGUACCUCUCCGACCACAACGAAGAACCCAACAAUUGCAAUGCACCGGAACAAUAUCGUCCUCUCGUGGAAUGUAACCAUUAGUUGAUGCAUAUAUUAUUAC